CCAUCCUUAGCCCAUAUAGCCUUUGUCGUCUAUAACUUGCCAUUGCCAUUGCUAUUGUGCUCUGCUAUAAGAAAGCUUUCCAACCUAAACAACUUUUUUAGUGAAUACUGAAUGAAUUCUAUUCCCAACGCGCAACCAAUGGCCAAUACCUUCUUCCCUCUCUUCCUCUUCUUCCUCCUCUUCCACUUUCCAUCCCUUUCUCCGGCCAAACUCCAGCUCAAUUUCUACUCCAACUCAUGCCCUCAGGCCGAAGCCAUAGUCCGUUCUGUGAUGCACAAAGCUUUCAUCAGAGAACCUCGUAGUGUCGCCUCCGUUAUGCGUUUCCAGUUUCACGAUUGCUUUGUUAAUGGCUGUGAUGCUUCUAUGUUGCUAGAUGAUACGCCGACGAUGCUUGGAGAGAAACUCUCUCUUGCUAACAUUAAUUCGCUUAGAUCUUACGAAGUCGUUGAUGAAGUGAAAGAGACUUUGGAGAAGGUUUGUCCUGGCAUUGUUUCUUGUGCAGAUAUCAUAAUUAUGGCAUCCAGAGACGCUGUCUUUUUGACAGGCGGCCCUGAUUGGCCAGUAGAACUGGGACGGCUGGACAGUUUAACAGCAAGCCAAGAGGACUCGGACCAAAUCAUGCCAAGUCCAAGAGCCAAUGCAACUUCUCUCAUUGACCUUUUCAGCAAAUACAACCUCUCCGUCAAAGAUUUGGUAGCUCUUUCAGGUUCGCACUCAAUUGGCAAAGGCCGAUGUUUCUCCAUCAUGUUUCGACUCUACAACCAAUCCGGCACAGGACGACCAGACCCAGCAAUCGAGCCUAGGUUCAGAGAAGAGCUCUUCAAGCGAUGCCCUCAUGGCGUGGAUGAAAAUGUGACACUCAACCUUGAUUCCACACCUUACGUUUUUGACAAUCAGUACUUCAAGGACUUGGUUGGUGAGGGUUUGUUGAAUUCUGAUGAAACUCUUUACACAUUCGGUGAAACUAGAAAGUACGUGAGGUUCUUUAGCAAAAAUCAAAGUGCAUUUUUUGAUGCAUUUGUGGAAGGUAUGUCGAAGAUGGGCGACUUGCAAUCUGGCCGGCCGGAAGUGAGAAGGAACUGUCGGGUAGUGAAUGGCCAAUCUGUGAUCAUAUAAACAAAGGUUUUUUUUUUUUUCUUUUUUCUUUUUGUGUCUGGUAUAUGGUAAAAAUUUGUUCACACAGGUUUGAUUUAAGUUGAUGGGAUGUGUUACUAUCAGUAUAGGAGAAGUAUCUAUUGUAAAAGUUCCGUUAUUUACAGAUGAAUGACAACCAAAUUUAAAAAAUGCUUGAGACUAUAA